AUGACUGAUGACUGCACUGCAAAGAAAUCCACCGAUUCAGAGAAGGGUACAACAGUCGAACCUAUGGAUGCCGCUACUCUAAAGGCCCAACAGAAGAAAAUCAAAGGCUUAGAGGCUCUAAAAACUCGAAGAUUUGUGGCCAUGGACCAGAUUGAAAGAGUGAGGUUAUUUUCUGUUCAAGCCAAAGAAAAAUCUGCCACGACGUCUGUGCCCGAUCUGCAAGUCCGUAUUGAAGCUCUAGAGUCUGCCUUUAGCAAUUUUAAGGUGGCACAAAUGAAAAUUGAAGAAGUUGACAACGAGGAAAUUACUAAUCCGGAGCGCUCUCAUAACGAAGAAGUCUAUUAUUCAACCAUCGCCACCCUUAAAGUUCUUCUGAACACCAAACAAGCGAACAAGGAUGAAACAUUGGACGUAUCCCAAUCAAUUUCUAAUAAACAUGAUUCAAUCAAAUUGCCAGUAAUUGAACUUCCUUCAUUCUCAGGUGACGUGACUAAGUGGACGGUUUGGUAUAAUCGCUUCGUAUCAUUGGUGCAUAACAAUCCCAAACUUUCCAAGCAAGCUAAAUUUCAUUACCUUCUUUCGAAAUUAAGCGAAACGGCAAUUGUUCCAGUUGAAGGGCUCAAAAUAGAAGACGACAACUACGAUGUGGCAUUAGCAAGAUUAAAAGAACGUUUCGAAAACAAGAAAAUAAUUGCGCAGGAGCAUCUUCAACGCAUAUUCAAUCAUCCUAAGAUUCAUAAGGCUUCCGCACCAGAUUUAAGAAACUUGGUGGAUAAAAUCAGCAACCAUUUAACCGGUUUGAGUAAUCUGAAGAGACCUUGCGAACAUUGGGACGAUGUUGUUGUUUUCAUAAUGACAUCCAAGCUGGAUCCUGCAACUCUAAGUAAGUGGAAUGAUGACGCACCAACAGAUAGACUACCAAGUCUGAAGGAACUUUCAGAUUUUCUUAAAAAGAGGGCUCAACAUCUUGAAGGUAAUGUUACAAAUCAAUUAUUUACUCUUGACUCUUCAAUAAAAUCUGAUAAUCAAAAAGGUCAGAAGUCUAGUUCAAAACACUGUGUAAAAGCAUUUAUUACCACAAAAAACACUUGCAUAUUCUGCUCAGUUCCCGGUCACUUUAUUUAUCGAUGUUACAAAUUUCAAAAUCUUUCUAUUCCGGAACGUAUACACAAAAUUAAAAAUAUGAAUCUAUGCUACAACUGCUUAAAGUCUUCAGAUCACAGUAGCGCCAAUUGUCCAUCUAGUGGUUGUCGUCAUUGUGGAAAGAAACACCACACACUUUUGCAUCUUGUUGAAAAUGCUACAAGUUUUGUACCACAAGCUCCACUUAGUUCAAGUAGUCACCCAGUGGCUUCUGAAAAUCUCACUGCUUCUAAAGAAAUGCCUGCUUCAACUUCUCAUUUAAUGUACUCCAGCUCUACUGAAAAUAGUAUUUUAGGAACAGCUGUCAUAAAUAUAAUAAAUAAACUGCAGCACAUUGUACCCUGUCGGGUACUUUUGGACUCAGGGUCCCAAACUCAUUUAAUAUCUGAAAGGCUCAUGCAGUGCCUUGGAACGCAACGUCUUCCAUCCCAUACCACUUUAUCUUGUGCCAAUAACGUUGUUACAAUAGCUAAACAUAAGACAAUUCUUAACAUUGGCUCUCGCAUCAAUGGAUUUACAGCUACAAUUGAGGCGCUUGUGAUACCACAAAUAACGGGACUGCUACCUGAUAAGAAAAUUAAUAUCAAAGGAUGGAACAUUCCAAACAAUAUUAAUUUAUCUGAUCCACAUUUUAAUGUUCCUCAGCGUAUAGAUCUGCUUCUUGGCGUAGAUUUAUUUUACACUCUACUAUGCGUUGGACAAAUCAAGUUGGGAUCGAACUUACCUGCGUUACAAAAUACUUUAUUUGGGUGGGUAGUGGCAGGUCAACUUCCAAAAUCCAAUAAUCCGAGCACGUCCAACCGACGUAGUUUUGCUAUUAGAAACACUCCGCAUGAAUCCGAAUCAGAUGGAACACUGAACAAUACGUUAAAGGCAUUCUGGGAAAUUGAAAGCUUCAGCAGUCAAACAGAUGUUAUGUCAGCAGAAGAAAAGGAAUGUGAAAAUCAUUUUGUGAAACACUAUUCGCGCUUAGAGUCUGGUCGCUUUAGUGUCAAACUUCCCUUUAAACAGAAUCCACGCUUACUAGGCAAUUCCUAUGACAUAGCCAAAAGGAGGCUUCUGUCGCUAGAAAGAAGAUUUCUUAAAAACCCAGACCUGUUCCAACAAUACUCUGCCUUUAUGAACGAAAUGCUGCUGAAUUCUCACAUGGAAUUGGAUAAUAAAGUAGACUUUACCUCUCCACAUUAUUUUCUCCCUCAUCACUGUGUAAUAAAGCCAACAAGUUCAUCAACAAAAUUACGUGUAGUGUGUGAUGCUGCAGCCAAGACAAGUUCUGGAAAAUCACUGAAUGAUAUUCUGAUGGUAGGUCCUGUCAUUCAGCCAGAUUUGUUCUCAAUUGCUCUGAGAUUUCGGAGACACAAAUUUGUAAUGACAGCUGAUAUAACAAAAAUGCGGUUAGAUGAGUCUGAUCGACGAUUUCAUUAUAUUUUAUGGAGAAAUUGUGAGAACGAAAUUGCCAUUUAUCGUUUGUGCACGGUAACCUUUGGCACUGCCUGUGCCUCAUUUUUGUCGACGCGUGCGUUAAAGCAGUUGUCCAUCGACGAAGGGGAAAAAUUUCCUGCAGCGGCUAAGGCUAUUAUCUCUGAAUUUUAUGUUGACGAUCUCAUCACUGGCUGUGACUCUCUCGAUCAAUUAAAAGAGUUGAAAUCAGAAUUAAUAUCAUUGCUAGGUAGCGGUGGUUUCAUUCUAAAGAAAUGGUGUGCAAACUCUCUUGAAAUUAUGGAAGAAGUUCCAGAGAAUGAUCGUGAGCAAUGUUUCAAAAUAAAGGGUAGUGAGGUGAUCAAAACAUUAGGUACCUUUUGGAGCCCAGUCGAAGAUAUGUUUCACUAUGAGAUAACUCCCCUGCUUUCAACGUGCAUAACAAAGAGAACGGUUCUCUCUGAUAUUGCUCAUCUUUUUGACCCAUUAGGUCUGAUAAACCCUGUGAUUGUGCUUGCUAAAAUUUUUAUGCAACAGCUGUGGCGUCUGAAACUUACAUGGGAUGAAGCUUUGCCCCAAGAAUUUUAUCACUCAUGGUUGAAGUUUCGAAAAAAUCUGGGUGAACUCAACAACAUGCACAUUGGUCGCCGUGUAUUUUUUGGUCAUCCAGCUAACUAUCAGCUUCAUGCUUUUUCCGACAGCUCAGAAGAUGCUUUUGGUACAUGUGUAUAUAUACGUUCUGUGGAUGAUAAUGGUACGGUGAGAACUAACCUUCUAUGUGGCAAAUCUAAAGUAGCACCUGUGCGUAAGGUAACCCUACCACGUUUGGAGUUAUGUGCUGCAGUGAUGAUGGUUCAGCUUGUGCAACGAUUAAAGGAGAUUUUUGGUUCCAUCCUACAUCAUAUAACUUAUUGGACGGAUUCGUCAAUUGUACUGAAUUGGAUCUCUGAGGAAUCAUGCAACUUUCAGACCUUCGUAGCCAAUCGUGUUUCAAUUAUUCAUCAACACUCUUCAGUUUCUCAAUGGCGGCACAUUUCUUCGGAAUUGAAUCCUGCGGACGUAAUAUCGAGAGGAUCAUAUCCGUCAGCAUUAAUUAAAAAUGAAAUGUGGUUCAGUGGACCUUCUUUCCUGAAGCUGGAAGAAAGCACUUGGAAUUCUUCAAAUGUAAUAUUGAAUGUUGAUGAUCCCCAGCUUGAGCGAAAAAGAACCAAAACUAUUUUUAAAAUUUGUGUAGAACCUGAUCUUAUUGAAAACAUAAAAUACCACAACAACUUUGAAUCUCUGGUCAGAAUAGUUGCUUACAUUUUUAGAUACAGACAUAAUGGGAUUAAGAAGAAUAUAAACACAUUUGGACCACUUACUGUUGAAGAACUAAACAAAUCUCUGAAGGGGUUGGUAAAAUACGUGCAGCUCGUAAGUUUUCAAACAGAAAUCGAAACAUUGUCCAAAGGCUAUCAACUGUCCUCAAGAUGUCACAUCAAAUCGCUUGCACCAUUCCUGGACAGUGAUGGUAUACUUCGUGUAGGAGGUAGAAUAUCUAACUCUGCUCUGAAUUUCGAUGCAAAGUAUCCUAUGUUAUUGCCAAAAGACCAUGCAUUCACCACAAUUUUGGUUCGCCAUCUGCACGAAAAGAAUUUUCAUUCAGGGCCCCAAGCGCUGCUCAGCAUUGUUCGUGACAAGUUUUGGCCCAUACAUGGUAAGAUCGUGGCUCGCAAGGUGGUUCACAAAUGUGCACGAUGCACAAGGGCAAGGCCAUCACGCAAUCUUCAAGUAAUGGGUGAUUUGCCACAUCAACGAGUACAUCAGUCGAGGCCAUUUAACAUUGUUGGGGUUGAUUUUUGCGGCCCAUUUAGUAUACAUUUUCGUCGUCGAGGUACAUCUCCUAUGAAAGCUUAUGUCGCAGUGUUUGUUUGCUUCGUCACCAGAGCAGUCCAUCUUGAGUUAGUGGAAGAUCUAACCACAAACAGCUUUCUAGCUGCUCUUAAGCGGUUCAUCGGCAGACGGGGACUGUGCUCAGUUAUCUACAGUGACAAUGCUACAAAUUUCAUCGGGGCACGUAACCAAUUACAUGAGCUCUAUAAGAUGUUCAUGCAGAACGAGAACAGGGAGGAGAUUAUAAAAACGUGUGCGGCAGAUGGGAUAGAAUGGAAAACCAUUCCUCCUAGAUCACCUCACUUCGGGGGUUUGUGGGAGGCAGCCGUUAAGAGCUGCAAGUUUCAUAUGAAGCGAACUUUACAAAAUUCUUCUUUAACAUACCCCGAACUUAACACUAUUUUAAUUCAAAUUGAAUCUAUUCUUAAUUCUAGGCCUAUAACACCUUUAUCUGAGAAUCCUAACGACAUUCAGGCGCUUACUCCAGGUCACUUCCUGAUUGGAACACCUCUCACAGCAGCAGUCGAGCCGCAGUUACACAAUUGUAACGUCAACACCUUAACACGUUAUCAGCAAUUACAAUGGUAUUUCCAACAAUUUUGGUUAAGAUGGUCUCGAGAAUACCUGCAAGGCUUGCAAAUUCGCGCUAAAUGGAGUAAGUGUGGGUAUCCAAUUUCUAUCAACGAUUUGGUUACCAUCGAAGAUGAAAACCUUCCGCCACUAAAAUGGAGACUUGGAAGAGUUGUCCAAGUUCAUCCUGGAAAGGAUAAUGUCGUGAGAGUCGUGACUCUCAAAACAUCCACCGGCGAAGUCCAACGAGCUGUUACGAGAAUUCGACGACUUCCUAUUGAAGAACCUGAGUCCAUUCAAGGGGGGGAGAAUGUUGAGACUUAA